AUGGCGUCGACUGUCCGCACAGUGGAAGGCGCCAGUAGACUGCGCAUUGAGCUACUGGCAGCGACGGAUGGUGUCGUGGAAAGCGAUGUGGACUUCGAGUUGGGACGAUUAGUCUGGGUUGAUGGUUCGGAUCCUCGAGGCGUUGCUGCUUUUGCAUUUUAUGCUGCCUCCUCCAGAUUGGUUCCAUGUGUAUGUCCGCGAGUGCGAGCGGGUUCUUACAGUAAAAAAGGGCAUUGA